UUGAAUCGUCUGUAGCCACGUCUACAACACCAAGUGCCACAAGCACAAUCCUUGGCACGUCGGAAGGUCAUACCACCCUAUCGCAGACCACGUGGUAUCCGUCCACGGACACAACAUACGGCAUGAAAACGACCACAAGCAGCCAAGGAACGUCAGUGCCAACGACAACGCUUGCCGAAUCUACAUCGGCAGACCAAAGUAGCACCACGCAAAGAACCACCUUCCGCACAGUGCCUGCAACCACUGAGCGAAGCACUGCUACAUCAACUCUGCUUGAGACCACAGUGGCUAGUACAACUACAGAGCAGACAAUCAAAAUUGGCUUGUCUUCCGCAGCAUCUUCGACAGAACCUGCUCGAAGUACUCUUCUCAGUACUUCUGAAGUGUAUUCAACUGGACAGUCCACAGAAUAUUCUUCAGCUGGCACCACCCUUGAACCAAGCUCCACCACGUCUUCAUACGCAACAACUGAUUCACCCACAAAAGAGCAAAGCAGCACAGAGACGGAUCAAACUACACACAUGAGAGAUACGACGCUGUCUGCGUCAAGCACAGACAUGACAUCCACACUGAUACAAAAAACAAGUCUCCCACAGUCAACCACAGACCUCACUACACAAUCGUUCGCAACGAUUACAACCACUACAAUGACCACACCUCAUGGUGAUACUUCUGACAUGAGCACUACUUUCCGGACAGAGAGACUAAGCACAGAAACUGCUACGUUGACGCCGACAACGUAUGGAUCCAUGACUUCUACCUCUUCGUUUGUCACGAAAACAUCAGAAAUUAGGUCGACGACUAGCAGCGCAAUAACUUCAAUGACUUUUUCGACACUUGCAUCAGCUACAGGUGCAGACCAAAGCACACCGGAAACCACAAGCCAAAGAGGAACAACCCUACCAACUAAGGUUACCUCAUCAUUGCAGUCCACAGCAAUUACAGAAAUUACUGCCACGUCAACCGAUGUGGAAGAUCGCUGUCCGAUUUGCGGGAGUAAUGCAUACUGCCUAACGUCUGAGGAGGCUCCUCGCUGUGUGUGCAACCCUGGAUACGUUUGGAACGGGACGGCUUGUGAAGAAUUCCCAGCUAUAAUUGGAUUGGACCUCACCCUUGGUGCUCUGGAAUGGGAUUCCGAAUACAAAGUCAACUCGAGCAGACAGUUCCGAAGCAUUGCAAAGAUGCUAACAGACAAGAUAUCCGAGUACUUCAUCUCGAACGGCGACACGUUUCUCAGCGCCAUAUUCGGCAGCGCUGCAGUGGUGAGAAUUUAUGAAGGAGGUGUAGCGAGAUCUGUGGAAGGAAGUGUUGCCUCAACGGUCCUUCUGAACUUCAGCACACCCUGCGUGGAAAAGGAAGAUGUGACGGAUUUCCUGGCCGAAGUAAUCGCCACUGACAGCAAUAACACACUCGGCAUCGUUCUGCGGACUGCCUACGAGAUUUGCUCCGAUGAUUACUGUUCCGGUGAAUCGUCUUGCUUUGUGGUCGAUUCCGAUAGAGAAUGCAGAAUUGGCGAUCUCGUCGUACCGAGCCACUGUGAAGGUAAGACUGUUCCUUAA